UAACCAAAAAAUUCGUCAUUUUUAGCAAAAAUAUCUACUCAGCCUCGCUAUUAAUAGUGGGUCUAAAUUGAUGGCAAUGAGGCUCGAUCGUGACGAUGGAGCACUUACUGGGCAGCGAGAUAGUGUUUGUUGGUGCUAAAUUGGAAAGGGAAAGCUAAUAAAGUAAAAAUAAAUAAAUGAUAACUUUAAACUUUUAAGACGAUGAUUAAUAAUUUUUAGAGCUAAGAAUAAAAACCAUCAUUCUAAAAAAAUGGUCGGUGCUACUUCUUUCGUCUUCAGUAUUAGGGUUUAAGUGGCCCACUAGGUGCUGCUGAUCCAAUUCAAUCUAUUGUCCCUUUCUUUCCCGAGCCGAAUCGAUUGGAUUCGAGUUGAAACUUGGUCUGGCUUUAUUUUGGUUGUAGCAUUAGUUUGCGAUGCCUCCCUUCCACUGCCUUUACACUAGAUCCCAAGUCACCCACCUCCGACCACAAAUACCAUCAUUUUCUCCACUAUCAUCGUUGGACCGCGCCACCAUAGGUGGCCUCGCUUUUCCCUCGGCGUGUUCCUCCAUACCAGCGGCCUCAAGGAGAUCAACUCUUACACUCUCAUAACUGUCACAGUUGGAGCUUCACCCCAGAAAUCUCUGUCAUUGUCGCUUCUGCUCUGUCGUCGUAUAUGGUGAUCGUGAGGCGCACUUCAAAUUCAAGCCUGAAGGAGAAGGGAAAAGGUUUAAAGUGAUAGAGUGGAGCAGGUCGGAUUUUAACCUCCUCACGUCGGAUAAUGUUUGAGGCGAAAAUUGGUAACCCGUCGUGGGACGCGGGGCAGAUUGGAUCAGGAAUUCGAGGACAGAGCAGGGAGCAGAUUUAGCACUAUCUGCCCUUAACAUGCCCUGUUGCAUUUCCUACUCGAAUUGGAUAAUAUUUAUCUCCAAUCUACUUUGAAGGAAUUGAAGGAAUUCCUACAAUUAUGAGUUAGGCAUAGUAGUAUGGGGUUUGGCCGAAUUAGUUUGGUAAGGAAAUAAAUAUGCUUUUUUUGGGAGUUCUGGUAUAGGGAGCUAUCAAUUACAAAUUGUGUGGUGAAAUAUGUUGAAAGUCUGUAAUUAUCUCAUUCAAUCGAUUUUUAUCAAAAGUGUGAUGAUUUUUUUUAUCUGAAACAUUCUUUCUUGUCCAAAUUAUUAAAUUGAAACUCUUAAUCUGUAGAGUAUACAAAUUACCGUUCUUUUUUCUCAAAUGUUGAUAUCAAGAUAUUCCAUAAUGAAUUUCUGAUUCCCAUAAAAAGUUGAGUUGCAUGCAUUAUCUUUACUACUAUUACGUAACUAUAUUUCCUCAAAAAAAUUAAGUUUACUAUUGGCGAUUCGAAGUCACAAAAAGAUUGAUGAUAGAAAUAGUAGAGAGUAGAGACCAACCUAAAACCAACCUAGAGAGGAAAACCCAACAAAAUGUCACCAAGACACCAACCCUAAAGUAGAGAAUAUCGUCCCAAUGCAAAUGCCUCUCUCUCAUGCCACUUUCACUUCACCACCAACUUCACUCCUACGGAAAAUCCCCAAACCUCUCCUUUAUAUCCCCUCCCCAUUUCACACAUCCUUUGUGCUACUAAUACCAAAAACCAUUGUUAGCUCCCCUCAAACUAACAAAAAUGUCACAGAAAAAUGGCGACCACCAUCGCAGCACUGCACUUAGACGCGUCCCUACACCAGGAAAGGCAACUCUGCUCGCAAUCGGCAAGGCUUUCCCAAGCCAACUCAUCCCUCAAGAAUGUCUCGUCGAAGGCUACAUCCGUGACACCAAAUGCGACGAUCCCGCCAUCAAGGAGAAACUGGAACGAUUAUGCAAAACGACAACCGUGAAGCGCAGGUUCACCGUGCUGUCCAGGGAGAUACUGGACAAGUACCCGGAGCUGGCGACGGAAUGUUCCCCGACGAUCAGGCAGAGGCUGGAGAUCGCAAACCCGGCGGUGGUCGACAUGGCGGCGGAUGCCAGCCUGGCGUGCAUCAACGAAUGGGGGCGGCCGGCCUCCGACAUCACCCACCUCGUCUACGUGUCGUCCAGCGAGAUCCGCCUCCCCGGCGGGGACCUCCACCUCGCCACGCGCCUCGGGCUGCGGAGCGACGUGGGGCGCGUGAUGCUCUACUUCCUCGGCUGCUACGGCGGCGUCACGGGGCUGCGCGUCGCCAAGGACAUCGCCGAGAACAACCCUGGCAGCCGCGUCCUCCUCGCCACCUCGGAGACCACCAUCCUCGGUUUCCGUCCGCCGAGCAAGGCCCGCCCCUACGACCUCGUCGGGGCGGCGCUGUUCGGCGACGGCGCCGCCGCCGUGGUGGUGGGUGCCGACCCGGUGGAAGGGAAAGAAGAGGGGUUCAUGGAGCUGAGCUACGCGGUGCAGGAGUUUCUUCCGGGAACCCACGGGGUGAUCGACGGGCGGCUGUCGGAGGAAGGGAUCAACUUCAAGCUCGGCAGGGAUCUGCCGGAGAAGAUUGAAGGGAACAUUGAGGAGUUUUGCAGGAAAUUGAUGAGGAAUGGGGGUUUGGGCGAUGGUGUUGGGUUUAAUGAGCUGUUCUGGGCGGUUCACCCGGGUGGGCCGGCGAUACUGAACCGGUUGGAGGGAAAGCUCGGGUUGGAGGAAGGGAAGCUGGAUUGUAGCAGGAAGGCGUUGAUGGAUUAUGGAAAUGUGAGUAGCAAUACAAUCUUUUAUGUGAUGGAGUAUAUGAGAGAAGAGCUGAUGAAGAAGAAGAAGAAGAGGAAGGGAGGAGAAUAUAAGGAGGGUGAAGAAGAAGAAGAAGAAGAAGAAGAAGAAGAAUGGGGGUUGGGAUUGGCUUUUGGGCCUGGAAUUACCUUUGAAGGUGUUCUUCUUCGUAGUUUGUGAACCCUAAAUUUGGGAUUAUGAUCGAUAUGCAGAAGUUACUGUGAACUAAAUAAAUGGAACAGUAUCUAUUUUCGUUUAUUUUCCUGGUUUCAGUUUCUUAUGAGGUAAAAGAUUCUCUUUUUGUCAAACUAGCUUAGCCGCUGCUUAAACAACAUCCAUGUAUACUAAUUACUGGUUUUGAGUGAUUUUGUGCUGGAUUACAUUACCAUGUUUCUCUCUUUCAUGACUAUAGACGUGAUUUGGAUGAAUGAAUCGUGAAAUUUUUGGCUGAUUUGGAUGAAUGAAUCGGUCCAAGACUAUUAUCCAUAAAGUCUAAUAUUUUGCAUCAAUGAUUAAGCCUAUUAUGCACUGAUUUUUGCGGAUUUUUUCCGGAGUCAUUUUUGGCAAAUUCCAAAGGAGUACCAUCACAGAAUUCAGACAUUUUUUUUCAAAAUGCAAUUUUCUUAGGAUUUUUGAAGGCUACUGAUCAUAGAAUCGGCCUGAUGCUAUUCUCCACCAUGAUGAAGUCUAUUAAGCGUCGAUUUUGGAGGGGGGUUUUCGGAGAGCAUUUUCUUAAUUUAUGAGCGAUUUUUUCGAGAGGCUAUUUUUAUUUUAUUUUGAAGGCUUAAGAUCACGGAUUCGGUCUGAGGCUAUUAUGCACCGACGAUUAAGUCUAUUAAGCACCGAUUUGGGUGGAUUUUUUUCGGUCCAUUUUUUGGUAGAUUCCAAAGGGGUACAUCACAGAUUUUAUGUGGUUUUUUUAAAAGACAAUUUUGUUUGGAUGGAAGGCUAUUGAUCACAGAUUUGGUCCGAGGUUAUUCUGCACCGAUGAUUAAGUCUAUUAAGCACCAAUUUGGGCGAAUUUUUCCGAGUCCAUUUUUGGCAUAUUCCGAAUGGAUCACAAAUUUCGGGCGAUUUUUUCGGAAGACCAUUUCUUUUGAUUUUGAAGGCUACUGAUCACGGACUUGCCUUGAACUUAUUAUCCACCGAUAGUGAAGUCUAUUAAGCGCCGUUUUUUACGAAUUUAUUUUGGAGGGCAUUUUUGUAAUUUUUGAGCGGCACUGACAGGAUCGACAGAGAAUCGAAGCGAUAGGGUGUGACGACGGAAAAGGGCCGCAUGAAUAAAACCCAACUCUUUAAAAUUAUUUAUGUUGAUUUUUUUAUUAUUAUGAAUAUUCAGGUUAAUUUUUAAUAAGGAUAGUUUUUAAAAUUAAUUAUAAUUUCUUAAAUAUCCUUGAUAACUACUUAAUCACUAACUCCCUAAUAAUUAACUAAAAUCUCAGCAUACAAUCGGAAAGCUUUAACAUUCUGUUUAAAGAAUGAGGUGUAAGGACUGAAAUUUAAGCCUCCAUUUGUGGAUCUCAGGUCGGAGGAAGACACAAAGUGAACCCAUAGCAAAUCGAGAAACUCCUAUGAACCAAACAAUCGACAAAAAGAUUACUUUCCCUAAACACGCGCUCGACGACUCAUCUGUCGCUUGCAGAAAUUAAUAUUGCUGCUGUCGAAUCCAUUUGCAGAACUGCCUUCCAAUGUUCAAAAAUUGCCAAACCAACGGAGGACCCUCAAUAACCCCUCGGAGUUACACGCCAGUGAUGAAACAACUUCCCAAAUUAAUACUACUAAGAUGAAAAUCAAUUCCAAUUUUACUGCUCAGUUCAUGCACUUCUACUAUACUAUAAAGUAUUGGUGCUUUAAUGUACAAUUUAAAGUUGUACCAUAACGUUAAAUGUAUAAGUUCAGGUUGUACCAUAAAAGAAUUUGUGCUCUUAUGUUAUGGUACAACUUUAUAACUUAAACUUGUACCAUCAAAUGAAAGUACAAGUUUAAG